AUGAUCCCGAUCCCGGUGGUGGUCUGCGUGCUGGGGGGCUGGUGCGUCAUUUACCUGGCGGACACGCUGCUGAGGUCAUCUAGCUCUCUGAAAGCAUCUUAUGAAGAUUGGCUGAUGUCAUAUGGACUGAGCAUCUCUCCUUUUCAUAUGCGAUGGCAAACUGCUCUCUUCAACCGUCUAUUCUACAGUUGGGGACGAUGGAAACCCAGAUUUCUUUAUCUAUGGUUCAGUAUAGGAAUGGUGUUUGGCAUAGUUGCCAUGUUUGGUUCUGUUGUUCUCCUUGGAAAGACACUGAUGCAGACACUGACGCUGAUGAUAACUGAGGCCCCCGCAGUCCAGAAUGAUCGUAUGUUGCAAGUCGUGGUGCCUGGUGUUAAUCUGCCCAUCAGCCAACUGACGUAUUUCUUCACUGCAAUCCUCAUCAGUGGUGUUAUACAUGAAGUCGGCCAUGGGGUGGCAGCUAUUCGAGAACAAGUACGGUUUAAUGGAUUUGGGAUUUUUAUCUUUAUUGUAUAUCCUGGAGCAUUUGUCGAUCUUUUUACCACCCACUUGCAACUUAUAUCUCCAGUUCAGCAGUUGAGAAUAUUUUGUGCAGGUGUCUGGCAUAAUUUUGUUCUUGGUGUUGCGAGUCUCAUAGUUCUGUUCCUGCUGCCAGCAAUUCUUUUCCCAUUUUACUACACAGGUGUUGGGGCACUUGUCACUGAGGUCACAGAGGAUUCUCCUGCCAAUGGACCUAGAGGUCUUUUUGUAGGGGACCUUGUAACUAAUCUGCAAGACUGCUCAGUUCGUGGUGUGGAAGACUGGAAUUCCUGCCUAGGAGAGAUCUCGCGGAAGACACAAAUUGGGUACUGCAUAAAUGCAGCAACCCUACAGCAGUUAAGCUUCCCAGCCAGGGUCUACAGAAGACUUGAUGGCACUGUUGAAUGUUGUAGUAACAGCAGCCUCACCGAUGUUUGCUUUUCAUACAGCAAUAACUUGGACAGCCACCUGUAUGCCUGUCUGCCAGCACGAAAAGCUAUUGAGGCCAGCCAAGUCUGUCGAACCAACAUGGAUUGCCAGAAGGAUUUUGUUCCAAGUUUGUGUGUGACACCUUCUUUAGAAAAUCAGACGAGACUAAUCAGAGUGAAACAUCCACCCCACGUUGACAUGUUGUUUGUAGGACACCCAAUGCAUCUUCAGUAUACAGUGAGCCUCAGCAGUUUUGUACCACGACAUAACUUUCUAAGCAUAGAUCUGCCUGUGGUGAUAGAGACAAUGUGCAAAUAUCUAAUUUCACUGUCAGGAGCCUUGGCAGUUAUCAAUGCAGUACCCUGCUUUGCACUGGAUGGUCAAUGGAUAUUAAACUCUUUCCUGGAAGCCACUCUUGCUUCACUGAUUGUAGAGAAACAAAACAGAGAGCUUGUUGGCUUUUUAAUCUUGCUUGCUGGCAGUGCACUUUUGGCUGCCAAUGUGGCACUGGGACUUUGGAUGGUGACAGCCCGAUAG